GCCUGCACCCCCAGCCCAGAGCCCCCCCAAAUUCGGAGUCCUUCCUGCAUCCCAGACUGCAAAUGUAAUAUGAAUACAUAUACCAAUACAUAUACUUACUUCCCAAAAACUCAAGCUGCUAGCAAGCUAGCACUUUAAUUAUUAGAAGAAAAGUAAGACUGAAUGUGGUUUUUCAUUUAAAAAACAUUGAUACAUGAGCUGUUGAAUUAACAUAAGCAAAUUGUAAAAACACCAUAGAACUUGCUUAACCUUUGAAAUGUCCUGCUUUCAGACCUGCUUUUAAUCAUCAAAUAUAUCUCCUUCUUGGAAAUACCACAAAAACUGUAGCCUGCGCUGUGAGACUCGAAUGGGCUGAAGUGGACUCAUGAAACAAUGAAUGGAUAUUUAUAAAGAUUGUUCAGAAUUUUUUUAAACCGUAUACUUACUUAGUAAAUAUUUAGCUGUUUAUGCAAGGUAUUAGAAUAAAACUGCCAAAGAUUUCCUUUGAGAAGCCCGUUGUAAUUUCAGGCACAUUUAUUGCCUUUUGUAUCUCUGUCUUACUGUUUUGUGUUGUUUUAUAUCUGAUACCAUUUUUUCUUCAUCUAUUGAAACUGUAAGCUACUUCUUAGUUGUUUGUCAGGGUCUUUUGACACCUGUCAAUUGGGAGCUUGUUGCACUGAAAUUGAUAGUUUUGUACUUGAGGAGAGGUGACAGCUGCUUCCUCUAAAUGACAUCAUUGUUCACAGCUUAAGUGUCAAGUAUUAUACAUUGAUUAUGGAAAUUCUGAGAUUCUAAAUCGAUCAGAAAUAGUUGAGAUUCCAAAGAACUUGCAGUUUCCCAGCAUUGCUAAAAAGUAUAGACUCUGGGGACUACAGAUUCCUCCUGACCAAGAUUUAAAUCAAUUUGACCAGGGGAGAAAGUUCUUAUGCAGUUUAAUUUUUGAAAAAGAAAUAAAAAUGCGGCACAAAGCCACAUACCAGGAUGGUACCAUUGUUGCCCAGGCAGAGUAUGGAAAAGUGGAUAUUGGGGAAGAGGUGGCUAAGAAGGGGUUUGCUGAAAAAUGCAAAUCCCCUAUAAAUGCUAACAACUGCGAAGAGAAAAAAAUAGAUGUCGUUCCGUACAAACCCUGGAAUGCAAAAGUUACAGCUCCAGCAUGGGAGAACAGACCCAACCCUUCAGUAUCCAAUCGACUGAAAGGGCGUUUUGGUGACCAGAUAGGUACCAAUACGAGGAAUGAAAAUCAUACUGGGAACCAUAUGCCUUUUGCGAAGGAAAAAUUGCUGGCUUGUGACUUUAUUAUGGGGUCAAACAUCAGUUUGGCAAAAAUAAAACAGGAUCAGAAACUGAUUGAAGAGAAUGAAAAGCUCAAAAAGGAGAAAGAGAUUCUCCAGGAGGAGAAUCACAUUCUCCUCCACAAUUAUAAAGAACUAGAAUCGACGAUUGCACAGCUGAACCAUCAAGUGCAGGAAGAAAAGGAAGCAUCUAAGGAAACUCUUAAACAUUUGGGGGAAACUCUGCAUACGUAUGUAGGAACUAAACUGAGAAGUUUGGCUGCCCAGGUUGAGGUACUGAAAGAAGUUAGGUGUGCAAAUAUGAAUGUUCAUUUUGGAGAUGACCUCUUCAGAGCUGUAAAGGAGGUUACUGAAAGGUGUCUCAUUGUUCCGUCUUCCUUGGGAAAGUUGGAGAAGAUUUGGGCAGAAUAUAACUUGGCUCAAGAGAUGAUUCAGUUGUGCAAAAAUGUGAAUGAAAGUGAUGUCUUAAUUCUCAAGAGAAAUGAAGUGCAGCAGAAUUUGUACUCUGCAGUGGAAGAAUUCAUUCGGGAAGUAGAUGAGCUACCUCUCUCUGAGCGUUCAACUAUUUUGCAGGAACUGUCUGCUUCUCUGGGGGCAGUAUAUGGUCAAGCUAGUGAAGCAGAUGACUCUGAGGAGGCAUUUCAGCAGUUUUUUGAGUGGAAGCAAACUAAACUGGAAGAAUUCAGUCGUGUCAGAAGCGGUACAAAUGCUUCCCUACAGAUUCUUGCAACAUGGUUCAGUGGCAUGAUAAAGUUUUUUGACCUGACAUCAGAAGUAUCUUUGAAGUCAGAAGAAGUGGUUGGCAACGUGGAUGAAGUUCUUGAGAAGGUUGAGUCAGAUAUCUGCAAAGAGCUGGAGAUUUCUCUAGUUGCGCAAGAUGAGGCAGAUAAGGAAAUAAUCUUAAAUGCUUACAAUAAAGUUAUACAGAAGAUCCGUCAGGAGCAGCAUCUAAUCACUGUAGUACAGAGCAAGUAUUUAACCAGUAUUGAGUUUAAAAAGCAGAUUGCGGAAUGGUUGAAUAAAAGCCCGAACAUUGACAAUUUGUUCUCAAUUAAGAAGACUUUGAAAAAUGUAAAGGCACGACUCAGAUGGAAGUUGGUUGAAAAGAGCAACUUGGAAGAAUCUGAUGAUUACAGUGAGUAUGAAAUAACAAAAAUAAAAGAAGAAAUCACUGGACUGAGAAACCGUCUUAUUCAGGAAAUAUACAAUGAACAAGAAGAAUAUGAGAGGCUUACUUGCCUGGUACAGAAAUGGUUCCCUGAGCUGCCACUCCUUCACCCGGAAGCAGGAAUUCUGAAGUAUAUGAACUCUGGUGGACUUCUGACAGUCAGCUUAGAACGGGACCUCCUCGAUGCUGAACCCCUGAAGAAAUUGAGCACGAAGCACCCAUUAGUGUGUUCAGAAGUUCAAGAACAGAAGGUUCUUUUAAAGGGCUAUUCUGUAGAUGUGAACACAGAGGCAAAAGUGAUAGAAAGAACAGCCAAAUAUCACAGAGCUUGGAGUGAAUUUAAGGAGAAAUCUGGAUUAUUACAGUUGAUGUUCCUUUUUUUGUGCAAGUCUGAUCCUUUGGUAUAUCUGAUGGUCCCAUAUUACCCAGGAGCAAGUCUAGGAGCACUGCAAGCUAGUACACCUUUAACUUCAGAAGAAAUAUUGAAAGUGAUGGAAGGAGUGGCUCGUGGUCUGCAUACGCUGCACAAAGCUAAUAUAGUUCAUGGAUCUCUGCAUACAAAUAAUGUGUUUGCUCUGAAUCGAAAACAAGGAAUUGUUGGAGAUUUUGACUUCACCAAAUCAGUGGAUCAACGUGCCUCUGCGAACUCUAUGGUAGUGGGUAACUUGAACUUAAUUUCCCCUGAAUUAAGAAUGGGACACCUGGCAUCUCCAUCCUCUGACAUGUAUGCCUAUGGCUGCCUUCUAUUCUGGCUGUGUGUUGGAGACCAAGAAUUUAAAAUUAAGGAAAAUGGAACCCCUGAAGUGGAUGGACUUAAUAUGGAUAAUAAGGUUAAAUCUCUACUCUUGAAUCUGAUCUGCAGUAACAGAAUGACGGCUGAGCAGGUGCUGAAUGAUGAGUGUUUCUUGUUCCCGGAUGUGAUCCCAGCUCCACCGCAGAAUGAACCUGGUGAAGAACUUGAAUGUGAAAAGACAGAGGAAAAAGGCGAGGACAUUAUCAGUUCUGACAACAAGACAGAUGACAAUGAGGAGAUAGACCCUUCUCAGUAGGCCAGAGGACUCGCCAGCCAUUUGCUUCAGUUGUUUUUAUUUUGUUUGAGUUCUAAAAAAAAAUAAA